AUGCCACCUAGUGAAGCAGACCUUCAACUCUAUACAAUCACCCAAUUGAUUCAGACGCUGGUGCGAAUUGCUUUUGAGUUGGCAAGACGUUUUCGCAUUGCGGUGCCGGACAUUCCGGCGCCAGAUCCUGCAAUCCCAUUUCACUGCGAAGAACAGUGCCAUUGGUGUUUUUCUGAAGGUGCAGAUUGGGCUGAACGGGACGACCUGGACCUCUUUGCUGAGCAUGGAUGGGACUCCAAUGAGGCAGCAGGAGCUUGCGCGGCUGGGUCUCAGCAGGGUUUGGAAGAUAGUGGCCAGGGUUCACAACUUUGCCAUGAAUUUUCACCUGCAGAGCUGGCACGGAAGAGGCGGGCUGCUGACAUGGAGCUGGAAAAGGGCGCAGGCCCUGAUAAGAACCUUUUCUUCAACAUGCUGAAACUGCAGCGCACUGGGGUCCCACAGAUGCCUUGGACUAAAGGUUUGGUUGCAGACGUUUUCAAGAAGGGGCCUUGCAAGCUGCCUAUGCCAUGGUUGUCAAUGCCGCUUGUGGGGAAACAGGAAAGCUUGCAAGGCCUUGUGCCAUCUUCGGAGCCACCGGAGAGGAUGGCUACCAGGACACCGUUUCAUCAGAAGCGUUUGCUGUCAGUGAGGUUGGCCCAAACAGAUGACCAACUGCGUGCAAAAGCUUUGCGGAGGCUCAGGGAUUUAAUCCUGGCAGUGCCAUCGCAUACACAGCUGGGUCGGGCGCUUCUGGACACUGCGGGACAGCUGACAGGUGAGGACAUGAUCUCCUGUGUUUUUGCCGAUGCUUUUAGGAGUAGGGCCACUGCAACACUGGUUAAGCGAUCAUUGGACUAUUACAAACUGGCUCUUUGGAUGCGUCAAUGCCUGGGUUUGCAACUGAUGCAGCUUACUGAGAGUGUUGUGUACCAGUACUUGAGUUUCUUGAGGGAGACAGGUGCCGCACCAACCUUAGCUGAUGCAACUGUCAAAGCAAUUUGGUUUAUGCAUUCAACUGCCACCAUUGCUGAUUUCAAUCCAAAGGUUUUCACAUCACGCAUCACUGGAGUUUGCAGGGACAUGUACUUGAGGAAAAGGAUUUUGAGGCAGGCGCCACCUUUUCCAGCAGACGUUGUCAGGGCCUUGGAAGUGUAUGCGUUGCAGGCAGAGAGUAAGAUUGACUCCAUGUUUACAAAUUUCAUUUUGUUUUGCAUCUUCUCAAGUUGCCGCAUUGGAGAUGCUGCAAAGAUCAGGGAGGUUGAAUUCUCACGAUGCCAUGACAUCUUCCUGGUGGAAGCAGCGACCUCAGAAGCAAAGAACACGAACACCAUGGAGAGGCGUAGGAUGCUGCUGCCUUUUACAGCCAUUGGUUGGGGCCUUCAUCUGAAUCCAUGGUGUAUCAAAUGGGAAAUGCAGUUGAAAGCAUUGCAACCGGAGACAAUCAUGCCGGCUUAUUCAGAAGUUUCAGGGCAGUUUUUGAAGCGGCGCAUCACCACUGCAGAAGCCAAUUUUUGGCUUAGGGAGGUGCUGGUGCGUUCUGGCCUUACUCCAGCACAAGCUGCAAAGUACAGUGAUUGGGCAGAGUCGGAAUCAGAUGUUUCAGAUGAGGAGAGUUUUUCAGAAGGUUGCAAGUUUGUGGAUGCCCAGCCAGUGCCAGCUGAUUCAGUGACUGGACAAAAACUGCUGCACAAGGAUUCCAUGGUAGUCCAUGUGAAACGUGACAACCAGACCCUUUGGUGUGGCCGCAAGAUGUCUCCAAAUUACCGCAUUUGGCAAGAGGGCGACCCUGACUUCGCUCAGCUGGUGAUUUGCCAGCAGUGUGACAAAGCUCAGCCGUGA